GCGCCCAUCAACAAAUCCUCAGUAACAACCUGCCUCGCGCUCGCUCUGUCCAAAGCUUGAUAUCUCUAUAUCUAGUUUACUUCUCUGGGCCUGUAUAUGCGGGUGACCCAGCUAUCAAAGCCACACCGAAUAACGCCCGGAAACCCUCUUCGACCAUCCUACCCGACCGCCAUGGCCGUAACACGCACUCCUAUCAGCCGCCGGCGCUCUUUUCUGGUCUUAACCCUGGUCGCAAUCAUUCUACUGUUCAUAUAUGCACGGCCGGAAGCGUGGGUCAAGCGAGUCCUACCCCACUGCCCGGUCGCGCAUUCGCCGCCGCAAACGGAAGCGAAAAGCGGGUUACUUUCGUCAAGCCUUGGUACAACAUUCCCGCCGGGGCAGUCCCGCUUUGGGACAUGUAUCCCGCUCUCCAAGCUCACACAGCAUCCAUCGUACAUGUUCAAUUACACCGAGUCACAGAAGGCAAAGAUUGCAACCACGCAGGCGGCGACCCAGCGGAUCCUGUUCAUGGUGGUAACCGGGUCGGCAUACCGUGACACGCCAAAUCUCGUGUUCAUAAGCGACGUUCAUGACCCAGAAUAUCGGACGAUCGGGCUCAAGUACGAUGGGCCUCUACAACCUCAAGGGAAGCCGGCAGGGUAUCCAGACGCAUGGAUCGCUGCGCAGAAAAGGUGGUUCUUGGGAUUUCAAUACAUCAUCGAAUGCUAUUUGGAUGCAAUCGAUUAUGUGAUGGUCGCAGACGAUGACACCUUUCUGCAGGUGGAACGAGCGACCGAAAUAGCUGCCAUGUUCAAGCCCACGGCAGAUAUUGGAGUAGGAUACGUGUGGCGCAAUCAGUGGCCAUGGUUUCUUUCCGGAGGUGCUGGGUACUUGCUAUCAAGCACGUUGCUGCAGAAACUCUACGGACCCGUUCUGGAUUAUUGCUUGGAUCAGCAAGUCAGUGAUGUCGCCUUGGGCGAGGCACUUGUAAACAAGCUCAAAGUAUGGCCCAUAGAACAUCCCAGCUUUUUCUGGCACAACUACCAGUACUUUACCGAAGGUCAAGGAGUGGCUGAAGCGGCGAUGCGCGAUAUGGAGACGCCUGUAUCCUUUCAUUACGUCCCGGAGGAAUCAAUGGCUGUCCUUGAAGAGAAGUUCUACAAAUAGCUGUUACGCUUUCACGUACCUCGCAUGCAUGCAUGCGUGCAAGACGUUGUAUAGUGCGAUUUUGUAAAACCCGUAGUGAGAGGUUGGCCAAAUAAAGAGGACUAUAUAAACUUUCUACCCGGCAG